CAUCACAUACGCCUUAUUUUCCCCCCUCCACCCAGUAUACCCCUAAGUCCCCCAUACACCCAUCAUCAUGCCCACCACAUCCCCCAUCCUCCUAAUCCUCGGCGCCGGCCCUAACAUCGGGCAAUCCGUCGCCCGCAUCUUCGCAUCAAAAGGCUACAAAGUCGCUCUCGCAUCUCGUUCCCAAAAAGAAGUAGACAGCACGGAUAAUCACCUACAUAUCCCCUGCGACUUCUCCUCCACCUCCGAUGUCAUCGAUGCAUUUACAAAGGUUAAGAAGGUGUUUGGUAUUCCCAGCGUGGUGGUUUAUAACGUCAGCGCCUCAACAUUCACCCCCGCUCAAGACCCCUUCGCCCUCCCCCUAGCAGAUCUCACCAAAGACCUCACAAUCAAUGUAACCAGCGCCUUCAUCGCCGCCCAACAAGCAGCAGCCUGUUUCUCCCAGCUCCCAGCUUCUGCGGCGCGGACGUUCAUCUAUACGGGGAAUAUCCUGAACGUCUCCAUCCUCCCCGGCUUUCUCUCCCAGGGGAUGGGGAAGUCGGCUGGUGCACAUAUGAUCUGGGCUGCUUCAGCCGCAUAUAAAGAGCGUGGUUUCAAGUUUUACUACGCCGAUGAACGAAAAGCAGAUGGGACGCCCAUAUACAGAGUUAAUGGCGACGCGCACGCAGAACUCUAUUUGAAGCUGGCGGGGGGAAAGACCCAGGGGGAGUGGCUGCAGACGUUCGUUAAAGGCGUGGGAUACACGAAGUUUGAGAAUCCGGAUCAUGAUCCGGAUCAUACGGAUAUUGCCAAGGAUGCCAAGGAUGCCAAGGCCACAGUAGACGUAGUAUAA